AUGAUUUUAUUUCUAUUGAUUAUUGUAUUUACUACUGCAACACAUAUUAAUAUACAUUUAAAGAGUGAAAUAAUAUCAACAUCAGUAGGUGCAAAACCAGUAGCGCCAAAAGUAGAAGAAAUACAAACACCACCACCUGAAGUACCAAAACAACCACAAAGUGAUGUAUCAUCUCAAACAGGACAACAAGAUGGACCAUCACCAGGACAAGCUGCGUCAUCGGUGUCAGGAACUGCUAUAUCACCUGCAGCAGAAGAACCAACAAAAACCGUGUCAUCAGGAGGGGCAUCACCUGCUGGACCAGAACAACCCCAAGCUGGUUCAUUACCCCAAAAAGGAUCGUCACAUGAAGGAGAAGAACCACAGGCAUCACCAGCACCGAAGGAUGCAACACAAACAGAACAUUCAGAACAAAAUCAAGCUGGAACAACACCAGCAGUACCACCAGAAAAACCAAAAGAAGCAGAGCCACAAACAACUGGAGUUUCAGGAACAGGAGUUUCACCAAGUGUAUCACCAAAAGAAUCAAAAACAUCAGAACCAGUCACAAACACCGCAGGAACAGAAAAAGAGUCACCAACAGAACCACAAACACAACCAUCUUCAGGACCACAAAAGUCUCAGGACCCAGAACCAAAACCAGCUUCAUCCCCUUCUUCAAACCCCAAACCAGCGCCAUCAGAUAAACCAAACUCAUUACCAGCACCAACAAACAAACAAGAUGGAACAACAGUAUCAAAUCCAGAUUCAGAACCAGCACACCCACCAACAGAAGUACCACCACAAUCAGAACCAGCACAAAAUAAAAAUCCAUCAUCAGAAACAUCACAAUCAAAUAAACCAACUCCACUACCAGAAUCAAAUGACAAUUCACAACAUAAACCAUCAUCAAAUCAAUCAUCAGAGAAAAAUAAUGAAUCAACUUCAAAUGAAACAGCUCCACAACCAGAAGAUAAAACACCAGUAUCAACACAAACACAUUUACCAAACAAAAAUGAAACAACAAAUGGAACAGAAAAUAAUAAAACAAAUGAUGAAUUGAAUGAACAUACUAAUCUUAAUGGUGUGUCUUCAAUCUUUAUUAUUCUUUCUAUUGCUAUUAUUUUUAUUAUCUUCUAA